AUGGCGGACAACCUGGAGCCAUCCGUGUUCCCCAUACAGAAGGGCUCCCUGAUCCUCCUGAGGCAGAAAUGGGAAUCCAGUGAUUACCAGAAAAGUGAAUGUUGCCCUGGGGGCAGUCGUUGCAGGCUCUUCCAGCCUCCAGAAAAAAAAUUGCUUGAACCCAAAGGAGAGGUAGUGUCAGCACAUGGACCUGCAGAUCCCCCUAGUCUGCCCGGUGGCGUAGAAGAGGUGUUGAAUGCGGAGCCUGAUGGGAAGGACCCUGAGGUCAAGAGUGACAACUCCAGGGAAUCUGGCUGGCCUGAAGUGCUGAAGGAGGAUUCCUUGACUGGUCGGCGCAGGAUUGAGCGCUUCUCCAUUGCCCUUGAUGAGCUGAGAAGUGUGUUUGAGGCUCCCAGGAGUGUAAACAGACCAGCUGACAACUGCCAAAAGAGCCAUGGAGAUGAUGUUCCUGUCGUGAAAGUCCACCAGCAACCCAAGGGCUAUCCUGAAAUAAGUCAGCAUAGGAAUUCCUUUGACAAUACCCUGAGAGAUAAACUUCCAUUUACCAUGGAGAAACCUGGAAGAAACCAACUUAACAAGAGAUUAGAGUCAGUAUCACCAGUAACAAGACAUCCUGAUAUCAUGUACCUCCUGAUGUGA